AUGGAGGUCGUUAUACCGAAUGUUGUUUGGCCAAACUUUGUGAUUGUCGGGCGCCGUCUGUGCGCCAGCGAGCGCAUGCCAUUCGGCAUGCGUGUUGUGGAGGUGUGGACAGCAGGCUUCAAGAACUUCUACCCGAAGGGCUCAAAGCCCGGCGGCGCCCCCGGCAAGGCGGCGGGCGAGUCCCCCAAGCCGGGCGGCGGCGGUAGCGGCGGCAAUGGCGGCGGCGAGAAGCCGGAGAGCCCCCAGCAGGCGGAGCUGAACAUGAGGAACAACAUCGGGCUGGCGCUGCUGCUGACGGCGGCGUACACGGUGUACUCUGUUUUCGCAGACAAUGGCGGCCGCCGUCCGCAGCGGCGCGAACGGCACUCCAAGGGCCGGGCUGCAGCACGAUAUCGCGCAUGA